CUCGCUCGGUGUGGUGAUUGACGGCGGCAGCUGCAGGGCUGGAAGGGGAAUCUUCUCAUGGGACCUCGCGGCUGAGAAGCGCCUGAUCUGGAGGCAACGUGAGGAGCGCGCAUACCUCCAGAAGACGGGGGACAACACGACACAGCUGCCGAGGGACUGACACCUGCGCGCACCGGACUGGUAAGAAAAGGGCAGCUGGGCAGAGGAAGCUGGGCAGGGACAGUUCCCCUCAAAGCCAGCGGGCUGUGGGUGCAUAGUAUGGGAGCGAUAUGUUGUCCAGGAAAGGACUCAUUCCGGAGGAUUACGUGCUGACGCGUUUGGCUGAGGAUGUCCUGCAGCCCAAGUUCAAGGCGAAACCGGGGAAAGCUCGGUUCGUCGCCAAGAACGGCACCUGCAAUGUGGCGCACACCAACAUCCGCGAACAGGGCCGAUUCCUGCAGGACGUCUUCACCACCCUCGUGGAUUUAAAAUGGCUCCACACGCUCAUCAUUUUCACCAUGUCCUUCCUGUGCAGCUGGCUUCUCUUCGGCAUGAUCUGGUGGCUCGUGGCCUUUGCGCACGGCGACUUAGACCGGCGGGGAGGCGACUUUGUACCGUGCGUCACGGACGUGGAAUCCUUCUCCUCCGCUUUUCUCUUCUCCAUAGAGGUGCAGGUGACCAUCGGCUUCGGGGGCCGGAUGAUCACCGAGGAGUGCGUCUCCGCCAUCAUCAUCCUGAUCGUGCAGAACAUCGUCGGACUGGUCAUCAACGCCAUCAUGCUCGGCUGCAUCUUCAUGAAAACUGCGCAGGCCAACCGGCGCGCGGAGACGCUCAUUUUCAGCAAGCACGCCGUCAUCUCAGUCCGCAACAACAAACUGUGCCUCAUGAUCCGCAUCGGGGACCUGAGGAAAAGCAUGAUCAUCAGCGCCACCGUGCGGAUGCAGGUGGUCAGGAGAACCACAACCGAGGAGGGCGAGCUGGUGCCUCUGGACCAGAUCGACAUCCAAAUAGACAACCCGGUGGGCACCAACGGCAUCUUCCUGGUGUCCCCCCUCAUCAUCUGCCACGUGAUCGACAAGGCCAGCCCGCUGUACGAGCUUUCGGCCUCGGACCUGCAGCACGAGGACGUCGAGGUGAUCGUGGUGCUGGAGGGGGUGGUGGAGACCACGGGCAUCACCACGCAGGCCCGCACCUCCUACGUGUCCGAGGAGAUCCUGUGGGGGCAGCGCUUCGUGCCCACGGUCUCCGAGGAGGACGGCAUGUACGCGGUGGACUACUCCAAGUUCGGUAAUACCGUGAAGGUCCCGACGCCGUCCUGCAGCGCCAAGAAACUGGACGCGGCAGGCGGCAUCGCUCGGUAUAAACUGAACGAGGGCGUCACCUUGCGGCCGUCUGUGAGAAGGCGACGGGCCUCCGCGCUGGUCCGCAGGCCCAGGAUGGAGAGCUAGAAAACUGAUGAUCCAUGUAAAACCAUGGCUGCCAGCAUUUUGUAUGAGGAUCAGUUGAGUAGAAGGUUAAUGAAAUAACAGAAUCAUAAUUUAUUUUAUAAUGUAUAUAUGCCCAUAAGCAAUAGUCCACCAUCUCCACGCACUCAAAUAUGCACACGUUUUACUCAGGGCCAGUAUGAUAAAGCACAAAGUCAGAAUGCACUGAAGUGUAUGAGAUGUGACUGUUCUUCAACCUGAGGAGUCCAGAAUUUAGAGAAAGCACAGUUUGGAUGUGUUUUAACUGUUUUUUUUUUAUUUUAUUUGUAAUUUAGAGAGACUGCAUGUAUCUAAAAGUAAUAAAG